AUGCUGAACUGGAAAGUAAAUAAAGAACUGGUGCAGCCACCACAGUUUGAGGCAGAGGUUCUAUGUUACCCAAAGCCAAAGAUUCUUUGUGAUUAUUUGUCAUGGAGACAAGCAGAAUGCCACAACAGAAACCAGUACAACACAUGCUUUUGGAUACUAGUGAAGUCCGGAAAAGGUGAAGGUGAAGAUGAAGUUCAUGAGAUACUGAAGGGAACAUUAUCAACGGACAAGAACGAUUUGCUCUUUCAGCGGUUUCGGAUAAACUACAACAACGACCCAGAGAUGUUCCAGAAGGGUUCGUGUACUUGCCAGCAAAAGGGCUCAAGUCGCUUCCUGAGAUGCAUUUCACACCUGACUCACCUCCCACGCCUAAAAUGUCUCCAGGUAAACAUUUUUCUGCUUGUCUAG